AGUGGGUCUUUUCUCCCCCUCUCUUUCAAAAUUUAAUGUCUAAAACCCUACACUGCAAUUAAACCCUAAUUAACAACAUUAAAUUAUUUAUUCAUAAAAAAUGGUGAAUACGGAGGACCCAAUUUCUGCUUCUGAUGAUGACCAAGCUGUAAUGGAAGGUAAUGAAGAAUUGGGUAGUAAUAAAGAGACGAACUUUAUGGUUAAAGCAAGUCAUGAUGCUAAACUCAAAGAAUUGUUACAUAAAAUUAAUUCAUUUGAGAUUAAGUUAUGUUCAGAUGCUACUAAAGAGUUUAUAAAGUUGCUUAAAGGUAGCAACUCUGGUGGUGAGUUGCUUCACUCUUAUGUUAAUUCGACUUCGAAUUUCUCGGAACUUUUCUCCGCAUUAAAACUUCGCGAAGGAAAACCGGGAUCACAUUACUUAUUGAAGUUGAUUUCUGUGAUUCUUGGUCAUCCUGAUGGGAAAUUUGUGCCUAAUGAUAAGGGUAGGAUUGGUGUUAGUGCUGUUCUCGAUAAGUUUGCGAAGUCUUUUGUUGAAGAAAAGUUGGAUUUUAUUCAUAAGGAGUUAGUUAGUAAAGAUAAAAAGCGACAAAAUGCUGCUCUUUUGGUUAUGUCUUCGGUUGUUAGACGUGGUUCGGGAUUGGCAUCUGAAGUUGCUAAAAAGUUUGAUUUUAAGCUCAAGGGGUUCUCCAAACUUUCUGAGUAUGAACUGAGGAAGAAUGAUAAUAAAAGGAAGAAAUCUACAAAUGAUGGGAUAAGGAAGUACAUCACUAGGAAGUCUUUUGUUGGAUUUGCAAUGUCAUUUUUGGAGGUGGGGAAGCCAGGAUUGUUGAGGUGGGUCUUACAGCAGCGGGAAGUGUAUUCUGGUGUUCUUCGUGUGCUUGGGAAUGAUGAUGAUGAGACUGUUAUGUAUGUUUUGUCCAUAUUGCGAGAUAGGGUUCUCACUGAAGACUCAUUGGUUCUUCCGUCUCUAAGAAGUGUCCUUUUCGGAAGUGUUGUUUUGGAACAGUUGGCCGACAUUGCAAUAAAGAGGUAUGGUGGGGACACAGCCGAGUUGGCACAUAAUGUGCUACAUAUGGUCUGUACUGAUCCUUGUAAUGGAUUGAUGCCAGAUUUGAGGAGACACCCAAAUCCAUUGAAAGGAAACCCCAAGAGACUUUUGCAGCUUAUGAAGAGCCUGAAGGCAACAGAAUUAGAUGGUAGACAUCACCAAGAGUUGCUUUUAGCUAUUGCUAAAGGGAGUCCAUCCUUAGCCGCAGCAUACUUAGAGGAGUUCCCCUACAAUCUUGAUGAUUAUGCGUCUCCUAGCUGGCUUUCCACUGUUUCUCUUGCAGCAAACUUGGUUUCUUUGGUGAUUGUGGACGCUCCUUUUGGCUUCCUGGAUUCUCAAUCUGAUGAUCCACCUUCUUUUGAUAGUGUGGGUUUGCAGAAUAUCAAGAAGAUCAUAUCUUCCCGUUCCUUGAGCCGAUCAGUAAUAAAUAAGGGUUUACUUCACUCAGAUUUUCUUGUGAAGAAUGGAACUUUACGACUUCUUUUGGAGACCUUGAGGCUAUUUGAUUCAUUUUUUAGGGCCAUAAACUUAUCCCGUGAUAAGGAACAAAUGAUGCCAAAAUGGGCAGCAUUUAAGCAGGAACUAAGGAAUGAAAUUCAAACCUUUCUUCCUGAUCCGCAGAUUUUUCUGAGUCUUCUUUCAUCCUUAAGUAGCCCUGCUAAGGCUAGUGAUUCAUGUUUGAAAAGAAAAGCAGAUAAAGAAACUUGUCUUGUUCCCUGCAAGAAAAGAAAAACAUUGAAAAAAACUAUCAUGAAUGAGGAUGCUGAUAUUAUAAUAGGUGGAAUAACUUCAGCUCUGGACAGUGCUUGUGCGAUGGAUGGUGAAAAUGUUGUCGAUUCACAGAUGCCACAUGCAUUAGAUAGUGAGAUGGAUUUUAUAACUGGUUUGUCAGAAUUGUGGAAUUUUGACCAAUGCUUCGGGUCUGUGUCCACACGAAAGGAUGCAGAGAUAUUCUUCCACUCUAAAGUUCUUGAUGCUGUCAAAGUCUAUAUUCUGAUCAUGCCUACUGCUUUGGAGGGGUCAUUUGAAUUUUUUAUGAAUCUUCUCGGCAAUCCUUCAGAAUUGCCUUCUAAUUUGUUGUUCUCGCUGUUGUCUCUUCUAGUUGAGUACAUCAGAAGCCAUCCAGGGAGUGGAAUUUCUAUCAAAACUCCGCAAAUGAUGUACAAGCAUCUUCAGCCAUUUCUUAAUUUGCUGCUUUUUUCGCCUGUGGUUGACAUAAAUGAUCAAGCUUUUACUUUGGCUAGAGCAGCUAUGUAUAGUACUGGUGCAUUUGACAGAAAUUUAAAUGAAAUUGUUGCCUGGUUCUUAUUCUUACCUGGAUACGGUACAGUUAAAUCAUCUUUUGAGAUCCAUAGAGAAGUGAUGCAGAGCUUGUCAGCAGUAGUCAUCUCAUUUUUAUGUGAUGCCAUAUCAACUAUUGGAAAUAAUUUAUUUAAAUACUGGCAUGCCUUUAGGAACCAUAUUCACCGUUUAAAAGAAUUUACGGAUAUUUCACCUGAUUUCAGCCCUUUUAUCAUAUGUGUCUUGCAGAAGUGUAUAAGGUUACUCUCUUCAGACUCUGGAACUUUUUCUAUACCAGAGAAGACGAUGAUAUCUACAUAUGUGUGUAACACAUUAAAGUAUCUGCUGCAAACUCAGGUAGAUGCACGAUUGUUAGCUGCUUUGAUUAAAUCACUUUUGUCUGAGGGACUUCAGGACCGCCAUUCUUUGGAUUCACUCUGUGAAUGGCUUCCAUUGAAAAGUUUAAUGCUCUUGGCUGAGAAUAUAUUGCAUCAAAAUGCUUGCUGCUCUUUUCCUAUUAUCCACAAAGAUUUUCCUGUUGAUAUUUGUUUUCUGAAAGCACUAGGUGAAAUAAGAAAAAUUAUAGAAAGUGAGGAUGGUUGUAGUGAAACAUCUGGAAUUGUGAGAGCCUUUUACUCUUCAAUUGUAUGUACCACACCAGAUGCAGUGCUAAAGGAUCUUCCGACAGUUAUGACCAUUUCACAGCAUAUUCGGGCUCCACUUUCCUUCUUAUCCUCAAUAAUAUUUCUUGACCAAAGUUUUCUUGCUGGUGUUAUGAAGUUGUGGCCUAAAAUCUUUUUGUCUGGUCUAGAAAAGGCCGUCUCUACGUUUGAUCCCCAAGACAAAGAAAAUGAUGCCUAUACUCGAGAAAUAUUGCUUAACGUGGAUUUUGAUGCUACUGAAGCAGCAGCUGCUGUUGCUUUUGGUCUCUUUUUAAGGCAAGCACCUUUUCACGUGAUAUUUCAGAUAAUUAUAAGCAAUUAUGGUCCUUGUAUAUCAGAGUCAUCGAUGAUAAAGGACUUGCUUAUGGAUAAAAUUUCUGAAUGUACAAGUGAUGUUGUAGUUUCCUAUUUGCGGCUUCUUCUAUUCUGGUUUUAUCAGAUACAGCUGUCUUAUAGAAUAAAACCAUCGGCUAAACUGAAAGAAUCCACUGAAAUCUGUUUUAAUCUUCUAAAGCAUUUGCUCAGCCGGCUGUUGGUUUUGAAACCUGAUUCAAGAGAUCCUCUUUCAGCUGAACUUUUUCAUGAAGUGGUUAAAACCAUCUUUUCCCAUCCUGGUGUAGAAACAUCCUUGUCAUAUCCUUUGGGUUGUGAAGAUAAUUCUAAUGAGGACUUCAUGGAGGGAAACUUUAAGGGCAACUUAGAGGCUUUCUUUGUGUUCUCUCAGCGACAAGUUCAUCCAAUUGAUCAUCACGUCUUGGAUAUUUUGACUACAACUUUUGAUUACUUUUUGAAUCCAUCAUGCGGGCAACAUUAUGUACUCAAGUUUGAAGAUGGUAGAGGUAAGCAACUUGUGAAAGCAAUUAAAACCCUGAUGCAGAAUUUGCAUCUGGAACUGAAGGAUAAGCUUGAUCUGUGCAUUAGGACCAACGAUUUGUCACCUAUUCUCCAACCAUUUUAUGCUUUGCAUGCUUUGACGCAUUUUACAUCCCCGUUUGAGCUUUUUGAAUUAGCACAUUGGAUUUUUGAUAGGGUUCAAGUGAAUGGUUUGCCUGUCCUACAAUCCUGCAGUACAUCUGCUCUCGCUAUAGGAUUUUGUAUAGCUAGUGAUGCUUUCAAAAUUUUAUCUAGUUAUUUGCAGCAGCCUAUAAGAAGCAAAGCACUGUUUUACACAUUUUGGGCGAUGGGAGAGAAAAACUUGGACCUCAUUGAGGACAUCUAUGUAAAGCUAUGUAAAUAUGCCAUUGAUUCCAGACUGGAUUUUGCAUAUUCUUGUUUGCUGGAAGCCGUCACUGCUGUCUACAAGCUGAAAUGCAUCAAAUCCGAUUUACUUGAUCCAUUAAGCUUGGUAAUGUCAAGUGCUAUAAGAAGUACUCCCAUAGAAAUGGUUUCUCAUUGCAUUUAUGGAACAAGCAAGACAAAAGCUAAAUUGUUGUUUCUUCUUGUUGAGAUAAACCCCCCUCAUCUGUCAGUUUUAGGGUACUUGUUUUCAGGAAUUGUAAGUAAAAAUGAUCAAAUUAACAGAAAGAUGGUGGAAGAGACCUCUAAUAUGUCUCUGUCUGAUGAGGACUGCACUUUGCUGCUACCUGCAGUACUCUCAUACUUGAAUUCUGUUUUUACGAAAUUAGAAAAGCAGCGUCACAAACAGUUUACCGAAAUGCCUUCUUUUUAUGCAAAAAUUUUAUUAAGGGGUUUUCAGAACUGGAAGAGCUUUGUAUCCGGAUUGGUAUUUCAGGAACAUUAUGAUGAAUGUUUGCCUUCAUCUAUCAAGGAACUUGUCAAUCUGGUUAAUAAUAGUCUACUUGGGAAGGCAAUGCAUAUGUUACAGUACCACUUCUCCUUAAAUGGAGAAAUGGAAAUGGAGGAGCGGUUGAAGAUGUUCAGUUGUGUUGUUACCAGCUCUGAUGGAUAUGAUCAUCUGCUAGACUGUGAUAUUGAUGAAAUUGAAAUUUUUUCAUGUAGCCAGUUACUAAACCUUAUCAACAGAGUUGCUGCUAAAAUAAAAUUCUGCCGAAUGUUGUUGUUUCCAGAUGAUGAUCAAAUUUGGCCUCUAGUGCAAGAAGCAGAUAAACCAAAAGCAACAGAGAUGGUUUCUAGUAAGGAGGAUCGAUCAAGAAUGAGAUUGAUACAGACUUUGGUUAGAACUUGGCAAUGUAUAGUCAAAAAGUAUCCUGUAGUCUCAGAAUGUUCCAUCAAAGAAAAAAGCUCUGGUUGUUUGCAGUUGUACAGAUACUUGGAAUUGUUUAUUUUAAAAAUUAUUCAUGAAUUAACUUGUGAGAUGCGUGAUGGUCUUAUCCAAUUGCAAGCCAUUCCUUUCCUUGAACAAUUGAUGAGGGCAUCUCUUCUUUAUAGGUUUGAAGAUCCAACAACUUUGAAUGUUCUUCGUAGCAUCCUAACAUUACUGUCAGAGGGGAAAUUUUCAUCUGUUCUAUACCUUCAACUGUUGCUUGCUCACUCUCAAUUUGCAUCUACCAUUCAGUCUCUUACUGUUUUACAGACUUCUCAUGAUGCUGCUUUUAUUAGACCUAUGUCUAGCAUUCUGAGAUCACUAGUUUUCCCUCAUCUAAUCAGCAAGAAUCAUCUGAAAUCAACUAAACCUUAUUUGAAGCAGUUGGAGAUUGUUAAAUUACUUAGACUGUUCAUUCAAAUGAAGCCUGAUCAGAUUGGUUGUUAUUCUGGACAAGAUAUCGGCAUAAAUCUUAAAGAUCUUUAUUUAUUGCUUUUGUCUUCUUAUGGUGCAACGCUUUGUGAAAUGGAUUUGGAGAUAUUUGGUCUAAUGCGUGCAAUUGAAUCUAUUGAUGACUCAGUUUCUAAAGAUCUCGCGGAAAGGGAUUACCUGUGGGGAAAUGCUUCUUUGAGAAUAAGGAAAGAACGGAAUUUGGACUGGGAUACAUCUAGUAUUUCGAUUGAUACAGAAGUAUUGGAAGAACGUAGAAGAAAUCAAUUUAGGGAAAUCCUUCCUAUAGAUCCCAAGAUGUGCAUGAACACAAUUGUCAGUUUCCCCUAUGACAGAAUUCUAAGCAUAGGACCUGAGGAUCCAAAGAAUAUGCAAGUGGAAAUGGUGCAUUUUCCUGGUGCUGAGCAAUCACAACAAUAUGAUCCUAUUUUCAUCUUAAACUUCUCCAAUCAUAAUUUGUCAAUGGGUCAUAUUGAACCUUUGGAGUUCGCUUGUUUGGGCUUGCUUGCAGUUGCAUUUAUUAGCAUGUCUUCAUUUGAUAUUGAGAUAAGAAAACUGGGUGAUGCAUGUCUUGCAAAGUUUAAAGAUGCGCUAGAGAUAUGCCAAAAGAAAAAGGAUUCAAUGCGGCUUCACCUUCUCUUGACAUACAUGCAAAACGGAAUCAAAGAACAAUUUCAGAGAAUUCCCUCUGUUAUAGCACUUUUUGCAGCAGAAUCAUCUUUCAUAUUGUUGAAUCCUUCAAAUGAUCUCUUUACAACUUUAAGUAAUCAUUUGAUGCAUUCUCGUAUGGUAGAUAUGAAGCACAUACCAUUGUUUCAUUCUUUGGUCAAGAGUAACUCUGUUAAUUUCAGAGCAGAGAGACUGUGGAUGCUUCGCCUAGCUUGUGCUGGACUUAAUUUAGAUGAUGAUGCUCAAAUAUUUAUCAGCAAUUCUAUUCCCAAGACCCUAUUGAGUUUCUAUGCUACCCCCUUUGCAGAUGAUGAGUCGAAGGAACUAAUUCUUCAGUUUGUCAAGAAGUCAACCAAAUUGGACAGAAUGACUCGGCAUCUUGUUGAAAGCUGUGGACUAUUUCCAUGGUUAUCUUCUGUAAUCUCAGUCUCCAGUGCAAUUUUGGAUGAAAGUGACAAAAGUUUUGCAUCACUGCAGUUUGUUUUGGCUGUAGAGGUUGCAUUUGCUAUUAUUACAUCCCGGGACAUCGUGGAGUCUGUAUGGUUUGAAAAGUAUGCGUUUGAGCAGUGUAUGGAACUUACAUCUCAUCUGCAUAAAGUCCUAGUUGGUGGCUCAGAGUUGAUCAAGAAAAAUGUUGAUCUAAGCGAGCCUAUUCUACAGAUAAUUAUAUCAACAUUGGGGAUAUCACAAAAAAGGGAGAUAUGCCAACCACAUUUCACUUUAUCAUUUGAGGGGUUGUUUGGAAUUUAUCAGACUUGUAGUGCUAUUUGCACAUCAAGAUGGGGUCUGGAAGCUAUACUUAAUAGUACACCUCCAGUUGGCAUUUUCCACACGAAUCAGGAAAAGCUUUCAGGUUUCCUUAUGUGGGCAGUGGCUACAGCUUUGAAGUCUGAUUCUGAAAAAAUUGGAGAUAUCAAGGAGUCUCAAUUUAAUCUAAUGAUCUUUUCAGAGAAAGCAUCAUAUGAAGAAUCUCUGAUCUCAAAACUUUUACGUUGGCUGGUUGCUUCUGUCAUUGUUGGGAAGCUUUCAUGGAAGCUUAAUGACGUGGAUGCCAAAAUUUCAGAAAAAUCAAGCCCGGAAACUUUGCAUUCCUUCUUGGACUAUGUAGAAGAAAGAUGCGAAGGAAGCAAAAACUAUGAGUUCGAUUGCGAAGAGAUACUAGCUGCCACUAUCUUUUACCUUCAACAGAUGGUUGGUUUGACUUGCACGGUACCAUCUUCCAUUGUAUCUGCGCUGUGUAUUCUUCUACACUGUGGUCCCUCCAAAUGUUCAGAUUUCGAGCAUGACUGUGGAAUUGACAUUGUCUCCUUGUGGUUGAAAAUUCGUUGCCCUAUUGAAGCCAAUCCUGAAUGGAGAUGGUUCUUCGACAAACCUUGGGGCGAUCUUAAUCUUAGAAUGAGCAAUUUGCAGCAGAUGGAUGAGCAUCAAGCUUGUCAAACUCUCAUGGUGAUUAUCUCAAACAUUCUCGGAAAGAAACCAGUCGACUCUCAGGUUCUGUCAUUUCAAAAGCUAGUAAAUUUUGAUUGGGAAAGAACAAUUAUAGAAACCAAUGAUAAUGGAGGCACAUAACAUUAUGUUUUUUUAGUUCUUAAAUGAAAGUAAGUCCAAUUUUGUGCAUUAA